AUGGAGAGGGCUCUGGAUAAGCCUGACGGGGCUAAUUCUGGGACGGAUGAUUUGAAUGGAGCGGAGCCCUUUGGAAGGGGGGAUUUGAAUAGCUCUGAUGCAGGAGACGUGCUGCGCACAAAGGAAGCCCCUGAACCCCAUAACAUUGUGAGGACGAAGGGGGUUCGCGGGCCCUAUAAAAAGGCCAAAAAGGUUGAGGAGGGAGGGUAUGGGUACUUGUAUGGCAAUCUGUAUGAGCAAGCGCAAGCCCGCAGGCAGAAGAUCCUGGGGUUUCUGCAGAAGGAUCUAUUCCAGAUAGGAAGGCCUGAUUUGAGGAGAUUUAUGAACAUCAACCAUGCGUAUGAAUGCCUUCUCCCAUACCACAUAUUUGGAUUUGACCUGUACGAGGACAUGCUAUUUAUGAGCUGCAAAGAGGUGUCUGGGGCCCUAGACUUGGUAGGCGAGAUGGCGGAGCUGAUGAAGGAGGUGGGUGCCCUUGAGGGGAGGCCUGUGGCGACUGAGGAGACGCUAGUCUGCGAGUUGCUGCUGUACUACCAGCAGAGGUACAUAAGCACCAUGUAUGGAGACGGGAAGAAGCAAAGGAUCCAGAGAAGAUACAGGCAGCAGCUGAGCAAAAGAAACACCAUAUUCAGGCUGAAGAUCGGGAUCCGGGCGCAGAGGGAGAACGACGUGAAUGUAAGGAACGGAAGGCUAUACUUUAAGAGGUGUGGGGGAAGUACCUAG